CCAUCCGGAACUUCCAAGUUCACUUGUCUAACUUGUCAAGUAGCGUUUGCGACAUCUGAAUUGCAACGUAGUCACUAUCAUACUGACUGGCACAAGUAUAACUUGAAAAGAAAAGUGGCCGAACUUGUACCUGUGUCUGCUGAACAAUUCAUUGAAAAAGUAACAGCAUUACAAGCACAAGACCAGGAAGAAAGAGAACAAAGUUUUCUUGCAUAUAACUGUGCCAUUUGCAGAAAACGAUAUGGCAGUGAAGCAGCUUUCAAAAGUCAUUUGCGAUCAAGAAAACAUAAUGAAUCCAAACAUGAUCAAGGCAUUUCUAUGGCAGAUGAAUUUAUGACUGUUCCUACGAAUACUGCGACCGUGAUGACUAUGGGUGAUACUCAAAGGGAUUCAUGCUUACAUUGUCUCUUUUGUGAUGAACGUCAAGACCAAUUUUCUGAUAAUAUUCAUCAUAUGUCAGUAAGUCAUGGAUUCUUUUUACCUGAUAUUGAAUAUCUUGUUGAUGCACAAGGCCUGGUGAAGUAUUUGUCGACCAAGAUACAAUCGGAUUAUAUGUGUCUCUAUUGCAACAAAACCUUGAAAUCCGCUCAGGCAGCUAUGUCUCAUAUGGUGAACAAGGGACAUUGUAAAAUGGCUUAUGAUGAUACUGAAGAUGUGGAUGCUUUACUACGAUACUAUGAUUUUGGAUCACCAUUAAAUGAAAACGAUGAUGAUGUUUCAACAACAACUAUAGCAUCAGAAGAAGGCGAAUUAAUAUUACAUGAUGGUACUCGACUAGGUAAUCGAAGAUUAUUGAAAUAUUAUAAACAGAAA